UACAAGAAGUGUUUUUGUUUAUUUGUUUAUUUGGUUUUGGUACUCAGAAUUGAACCCACAGUUGCUUUACCACUGAGCUACAUUCCUAAGUUCUCACUAAGUUGCUUAGAGUCUCACUAAGUUGCUGAGGCUGGCUUGAACUUUCAAUCCUCCUGCCUCAACCUCCCAAGCCUCAGGAAUUAUGGGCAUACACCACUGCACCCAACUAACAAGAAGUGUUUAUAGACUUGAUUUAAAUGCUUCAGUUAGAGCAAUUGACUUCUAAGAGAAGAAAUAAUGUGAAUAUUCACAUACAUGUAUGCAGCUAUCCACAUUACUAAUUCUAUCAGCGUUUAGGAAAUGCCAUUUUGUCUACCCUCUCCUCCAUCCUUCAUGCUUCCAUUGAGUUGUUUGUUUUGUGUAGAGAUUGGCAUUGCUUUAGGAAGCUUCCAUUAGAGAUACAGAGAUAUGGAGAAGAAUGAAUAGGUUAUUUUUAACCUAUUGGGAAGAUUCAGUCUACCUAUUUCAUAAGCUUGAUGUGAAAAAGCAUUAAAUGUUAAUAAAAGUUUAACACUAGCAAUUGGCCCAUCAUCUCCCCAGUCAGAAAAAGAUGCCAUCAUCACAUGGUCAUCAUCAUCAUUUAGGUUUACUCGUUCAACACAGUAGGGGUUUAUGUGAGGAAACAAAAGCUUUCAUAGAAAACCACAGUGUUUAUGAUUGGUUUUUCUCCCUGUGGUUGUAAUCACCUCUCAGGAAUGUUUCUUGUUUAUGAUCAUCACAGGGCCUCAAGUAAAAAAAUAAGAGAUUGCACAAUAGGACAAUAAUAUACAGACUUAGCAUGGUGGUAGGCUAAUGUUUUUUAAAUUAAAUCCUUUGAAAAAUUUCCUGCUUAGUCUUUAUCCUUCUUUGUAGAUUUCUCAUUUUAACCUUACACCUGCAGGUUCAAAUAACUUUAUGACAAGAUUAAUAUAAAUAAAUGAAAUACAGCUGGAGUUUUUUCUUCCUAAUAAGUUUAUAAUUUAAUAUCUCUUUCCUAGGAGAGUUUUAUUGAGAUGAAAACAUUUGUAUGCAUGCAUUUAGGUCACUUUUUUUGUUUACAUUAGAGAUGUGAUUGCUGUUUUAAGGCUUAGACAUAAAUUAAAUUUGAAUUACCUGGAUGUUUUUAAAAUUUUCGUAGCCAGUUACUUGUGGUAAAUUUUUUUCUCAAGGUCAUUAUUUAACAUUACUUAUAUUUCAGCAGAGACGUGAAAUGGAAUUCUAAUAACAAUAAGUAACUUAGAAGCAGAUUGUCUGAUUUGAAUUGUUGCUAUGGGAACUGAAUAAAAAUGUAUAGCAAAAUUCAAUCUUCAAUUUAAAUAAAUCCCUCAGUAAUUUUAUUUGCUUAAAAACUAUUCCAAAGGGGGAAAGAGCAUAAUGCUAGCAAGGUUUGGUAGCGUGAUAUUUGUAUCAUAAAAUGGAUUUAAAAUAUGAAGUAAGCAUAAUGUAUGCUAGUGAAGUCAGCCAGUAAUUCAUAGGUGGACUGGACAUGUUCCCUAAUGUGGCACAGGUACAAGGAGAAAAGGAUAAGCACCUCCUUCUCAGAAUCUGGGGCCUGGAAACUUUUGUUCUACUUCUGACUGCCAUUAAACAGGACCUGGAGCAGACCAUUUAAUGUCUAGAAGAAGUUUGACUAGUUAUUUCAUUACAACUAUUUAAUAUCAUUAUUGAUUUGGAAAAACAAAUGUAAAAAUUUAAAAAUAUUAAAUUUUGUUUAUCAAUCUACAAAACUUAUAAAAACACUGAAUUCUGCAAACAAAAAGAGCUGCUUUAAAACAAAAUUUAUACUUUUGAAAAGCACUUUGUGUUUAAAAUUGAGUUUAGUAGUAUUUCAUAAUUUGUUGAAAAACUCAGGUUUUCACUUGAUAUAAAUUAUUCAAAAAUGCUGUCUUUCCGCCAUCUUUUCGUGCCACCAUAAUGGUGCACGUGAAUGUCCUGGCUGAUGCUCUCAAGAGCAUCAAUAAUGCCGAAAAGAGAGGCAAACUCCAGGUCCUUGGUAGGCCGAGCUUCAAAGUCAUCAUCUGGUUUCUACAUGUGAUGAUGAAGCAUGGUUACAUUGGUGAAUUUGAAAUCAUUGAUGAUCACAGAGCUGGGAAAAUUGUUGUCAGUCUCACAGGCAGGUUAAACAAGUGUGGAGUGAUCAGCCCCAGAUUUGAUGUGCAGCUCAAAGACCUAGAAAAAUGUCAGAAUAAUCUGCUCGCAUCCUGUCAGUUUGGUUUCAUUGUAUUGACAAUCUCAGAUGGCAUCAUGGACCACGAAGAAGCAAGAUGAAAACACACAGGAGGAAAAAUCCUGGAAUUCUUUUCUAAGUAUUUAAAACAUACACAAUAAAAUGCCUCAAUGGAAAGAAAUAAAUAAUAUAAGAAUGGAAUUGGCAGUGUUCUGAAAUAUAUGCAUAAACAGUUUAUCAAAACCUUAUGCAAUGGUCUUUUUCUCACUAAUGAAAGGCAAUUAAUGCUAUUUGUAAGUAGCAAUAGUUACACGAAUGUUAUAUAAAUAUGUUGAUUGUACUAUACACCAUAGCUUUAAACAAAUGGAAA